GUUUAACUGAAGACCCAGCCCCCAAAACGUAUUCCAUGGCACCCCUGUUGAAAUGGGCAAGAGGCUUCCUACGCCGAACGCCAUGGGCCCCUUUACGAUUUCCCACGGCUGGUUUUGAAGUUCUUCCUGCUACAGAGUUGCUCGAGGAAGAACGGUUGGAGGAGUUCAAAACAGGCUGCUACUACCCAGUCAAUAUUGGAGACCUAUUCGCCUCCAACAAAUACCAAGUGGUCGGCAAGUUGGGGUUUGGGUCAACCUCGACAGUCUGGCUGGCUCGGAAUCUUCGGGAACAAGAUUAUGUUACCUUGAAGGUCUUUGCGCGAGAGUUUGGGCAGACAUGUCUGGACGAGUUCCGGACGUACGAGACCAUCGACAAGGCGAACCCUUCCCACCCCGGACACCGGCACGUGAGGACCGCCCUGGAGACCUUCGCAAUCGACGAGCCCGGAGGGAAUCACCAAUGUCUCGUCCAGCGGCCCAUGUGGGAUAGCUGGAAGGAUCUGCUGCUGCGAAACCCCACGGGCCGCUUCUCCGAGGCGCUCCUGAAGGGGGGGCUGCAACACCUCCUCCGUGCCCUCGACUACUUGCACACCGAGUGCAAGCUUGUCCACACAGAUAUCAAGGCGGACAACAUUCUGCACGCAAUCGUCGACCAAGGCAUCCUGGAAGCCUUCGUCAAAGAGGAGUUGGAGACGCCUUCACCGCGCAAAUACGUCGGCGGUACCCCUAUCUACAUGUCCAGACGCUUCGGCCUACCCGAGGACUUUGGCAGGAUCGUGCUCAGCGACUUCGGGUCCGCCGUUAGAGGGGACACGAAGCGCAACCACGACGCCCAGCCGAACGUGUACCGGUCGCCCGAGGUCAUGAUCAAGGCGGCAUGGAGCUAUCCCGUCGAUAUUUGGAACGUUGGGGCCAUGAUCUGGGAUGUGUUUGAGGGCCGUCACUUGUUUCGCGGCGAGGACCCGACCGGUAGGGGAUAUACGACGCGUGCACACCUUGCUGAAGUCGUUGGGCUGCUGGGGCCGCCACCCCCGGAUCUGCUCGAGCGCGGAGUUAGGAGCAAGGAGUUCUUUUCGGAAGACGGACGAUGGAUCGCAGAUAUCCCGGUUCCCCAGGGAAACAGCCUGGAUAAAGCCGAGCGCUUCCUCCAGGGGAAAGACAAGGCCAUGUUCCUCGACUUUGUGAAGGGGAUGCUGGCGUGGCGACCCGAGGAUAGGAAGACGGCGCGAGAGCUGCUUGAGGACCCGUGGCUGACAGACAAGGCGACACAUGUAGACCAGGAGCAAAGUAAAACUGGAUAGAUAUAGUCUAUAGGAUUAACUAGCGAGAUGAAGGAAGCUUAUUGUACAUAGUUGAGAGUUCAGGGUAUCAAGCAUAAAGACAAAGAAAAUUCAACAGAGG